GCAAACACAUCUUCGCAAACUGCAUCUGCUGAAUCAGGUGGAACACAGGAAGGAGGAUGGGCUUCGUCAUCUGGGACGACUCACAACAGACGCAGACAUGACGUCCUUCACAAGUCUGAUGUAUGUCAACGUGUUGUUUCUUCUUGUUGAAUACUUGAAGGUAACAGCACCCGUUCAGACAAACAUAGCUCAAGGUAAACCUGCCUAUCAAUCCAGCGUGGCCCACAAUGGUCACCCAUUCUAUGCCGUUGAUGGUGUAACUGGAGGAAAUUUCCAUAGAGAUCGCUGUAUGCAUACACCUUAUGGCAAGUCCUGGUGGAUGGUCGACCUUCUCAAUGUCUACAACAUAUCUACAAUCACUAUUUUCAAAAGAACAGAUUCUUGGUCAGGUCGGCUAGAUCUUCUGAAGAUAGAGGGCUUUCUCGGGCAUCCUACCCUCUGUCCCGCAUCCUCCCCGAAAGUCUGUGUCAACCAGAUGGGCAGUUUCACUGGAACAUCCAAGACUGUUGCUUGUGAACAGGAGGUUAUGGCCAGAUAUGUGAAUGUUUCUCUCGAUGGCACGAUGACGAUGUGCGAGGUUCAAGUGUUUGGAGAAGGCAUUUGCUAUAAAAAUGAUGUACAAAUCCAAAAAGGUCGGAAGCAAGAUAGUCCUUCACCCAUGCAAAGCAGUUUGGCUUCGAGUCGCAUGGAGUGCAGCAACAUCUGUUACAGACACAGCUGUACGUUCUUCAACUACAACAGAGUGACUGGGGAAUGCCAGACAGGAAGUGGCCUGGCAACUUCCGCUUCAUCCUACGCUGCUGACUGGGACUUGGGCACAAUCUGUUGAAGGGCGAUUUUCCUGUAGAAAUGUGGUUUUUCCACCUAUCAAAUCGUUCAUGGUGAUAAUCGAAAUCAUAGACUUUUUUGAUGUCAUGGACGAUUCUGUUU